CGGAGCACCGACACCGGGUCCGGUCCGGCCCCGAUCAGCUGUGGUCCCGCAGGUCCGCUCCCCGGUCCGGGUCCCACUUCUCCACGAGGGUUUCUUUCUUUCUCGGGUGCGCGCAGAGUUUUCUGUUGGAGUGCACGAGCCCUGCUGAUUGAUUUGAUUGGUUGACACUCUGUGACCAUGGACAUGGACCGACUGAUGAAGGUGAUGAUGGUGAUGAUGAUGAUGAUGAAGGGCUGUGAAGCUGCUGCCAGGCCGAAGGCGUUGGGCCGCAGCUCAGCAGUAAAGACGCUCGCCAACGAUUUGAUUCACCCGGGAACACGAAACAAGCGCUACGCCAUCAACCCUCUGGGACACAAGUGGACUCACUUCAACAUCACCUACAGGAUCACCGAGUUCCCCAACACUCUGAACCGGGACGACACCAGGAAGGCCAUCAGCAUCGCCUUCACCAAGUGGAGCGACGUGUCGCCGCUCAGCUUCACUGAAGUCACCGACAGCAACGCCACAGCGGACAUCACCAUCGGUUUCUACACAUUCAACCACACUGACUGCUGGUGGUCUCCUCUCCAUCCGUGCUUUGACGGGCUGAACGGCGAGCUGGCUCAUGCCUUCCUUCCACCGCGGGGAGAAAUCCACUUUGACAACCAUGAGUUCUGGAUCCUUGGCAAGUCCAGGUUCAGCUGGAAACAAGGGGUCUGGCUCAAUGACCUGGUCCAGGUGGCGGCACAUGAGAUUGGCCACGCUCUGGGUCUGUGGCACUCCAGAGAUCCUCAGGCCCUCAUGCACCCCAACGCCACGUACACAGGACAGAGGAACAUCGCCCAAGACGACGUGUGGGGCAUCCAGAGACUCUACGGGUGUCUGGAUAAGAAGCGUGUGUGUGACCCGUGGGCUCGUCUGGGUUUCUGUGAGCGCAGAAAGUCGUUCAUGAGGAAGAACUGUCCUCAACGCUGUGACCUCUGCUACGAGCCUCUGGAUGAGGUCGCCACGCCGACGCCUCCUCCGGCCAACGUGAAGGUGAAGCUGGUUCCUCGGGGGAAGGUGGUGGCUUUCCGCUGCGGAGCCAGGAACUCUCGCUCUCCACCCAAAGUCAGCUGGUUCAAAGAUGGAGAGCAGAUCCUCACCUCCAUCCCCGGCUACAUCGUCAUGAAGGACAGGGACUUGCGCAUCGUCGCCAAUGAGUUCAACGAGGGCGUGUACACCUGCCGCAUCCAGCGCCGCGGCGACACUGUGUCUGCUAACUCCUGGGCCGUCCGCCUGAAGCCGGAACCGCCGUCCAACAGCUGAGGACGCCUGCAGGAGGAACCACUGCCAGGCUGUUUGGACUGUUCACAGAAACACUCUGACGGUUUGAUCCUGAACAGGUGGAAGAGACGUACAUCUUCCCACGGAGACUCUCCUGCUCGUCCGGCUGUGGUUCAGUUCACGGUUAUUUAUAAGAGAUUAAACAGUCAUCACAAAGCACUUCUAUAGAGAAAAAAAACCAACAAUUCUACCUGAACAAGCAGAGGAGGCAGUGGAAACAAUUCCUUUAACAGGAAGAAACCUGCGGAACCAGACUCAGAGGAAUAGGCUUUCUGUAGAACAAGACUCAGGUAGAGAAACCUGCAGAACUAAGCUCAGAGAUGGAGACUUCCUGUGGAACCAGACUCUUGUGGAGAAAUCUGCUGAACCAGACUGAGGGGAGUGACGACUUUCUGCAGAACCAGACUCAGAGGAUCACACUUUCUGCAGAACCACACUUAGAACUCAAGACUUUCUUCAGAAGCAGAGUCAGAGGUUAAGAUAUUAUGCAAAACCAGACUCAGAGGAGACUUUCUGCAGAACCAGACCCAGAGGAAGAUCCUUCCUGCAGAACCAGACUCAGACGUGGAGACUUGUUUAAUGUGGCGUUGAAGGACAAGUCCUGUUCAGAG